UUGCAGUGAGGCUCUGGCAGGAGACACGCUCCCAUCAGGACACCUUCAGCUGCAACCAUGUUCCGUGUCGUUGCGCUGGUGUUGCUGGCCGCUGCUUCCAGCGUCAAGUGCGAACAGUUGACCCAGCCGCCGUCUUUGACUCUGCAGUCCGGUCGGGACUUGACCAUCACCUGUCAGGUGUCUUAUGAUUUGGAUGACUACCACACUGCGUGGGUCAGGCAGGUGGCUGGGAAAGGACUGGAAUGGAUCGGGAUGAGAGCACUCACUGGGGCCUAUUACCGCAAGGAUUCCCUGAGUAGCAAGUUCAGUAUUGAGCUCAACCCCAGCAGCCGAACCGUAACCCUGAAUGGACAGAAUAUGCAGCCUGAAGACACGGCUGUGUAUUACUGUGCCAGAGACGCACAUGGGUAUAUGGGGUGGCCGCUGUGUAGUUACUUGGACUACUGGGGCAAAGGAACCCAAGUCACAGUUACGGGAGGUACGCCAAUCAAACCGACCCUCUUUCCUCUGAUGCAAUGUGGCUCCGGAGCAACGCUCAGUCUCGGCUGUCUCGCCACCGGCUUCACACCAUCUCCCCUGACCUUCACCUGGACCAAAGACGGAAGCGCCUUGACUGACUUUAUUCAGUAUCCUUCAGUUGAAAACAACAACCUCUAUACGGGAGUCAGUCAAAUCCAAGUGAGGAGAGUGGACUGGGAUAACAAGGCCAAAUACCGAUGCGUUGCCAAACAUUCCAACGCAAAUGUUGAACUGACGAUCACCAAAACAGAAGUUUCAGCAGUGAGUACUGUGCUGCCAGACAUUGCUCCAGACAUGACAUUGUAUCCGCUUUUGGAGGAUGAAUUCGGAGCUCGCACCAUCAAACUUUUGUGCAUCAUUAAUGGCUUCUUUCCGGACACGCUGCGAGUCGAGUGGCUACGGGAAAACCAAAAGGUAGCUGCCGCACGGACCACCACCAGGAAAUAUCAGCGUGUGGCGGAAGAAGCCAAAACCUUCACUCUCAUCAGCGAGAUUGAGCCGAAUGCGAGAGAGUGGAAGAGUGGCUCGGAUUUUACAUGCAAGUCGAUUCAAAACAAAAAAGAAAGAAUAAAGUCCAUCAGUAUUUGUGAAACUCUGGCAAACGACCCCCCUUCCAUCCAUGUGGAGCUUCCCAGCUUCAAGGCGGUCAUGACGCAAACGUCUGACGUGACAGCGGUCUGCUCGGUGCGCACCGCGCUGGAUGCCGUCGUUACAAUGCUGGCGGAGGGCAAAACAGCCACUUAUAACCAAGCCAGCCAGUACAACAACGCAUCCCACAUCGUCGGUAAUCUGACCGUAUCGGCAAAUGAGUGGAAACAAAUGAAGAGUGUGAAAUGUAAAGCGGAGCACCGCUGCUUCUCAGACGUUGAGGAGACCAUCGCCGUGUCAGAAUCUGCGGUGAACGCUCCGUCGGUGGCGAUCAGGAGAUCUCUUGCCGAAUUGCAGAAGAACGACGGAGCCGUAUUUGAAUGUGACAUCACACAACUUGAUGCCGUCGACCUUUACAUCACCCUUCAGGCCAAUGGCGUGGAUAUUUCGGACAAACGCUAUGUUGCACUCUCUAAACUGCCUGGCCCACAUUCCAUCAGUCCAUAUUUCAGCGUGCCAAAGUCGUUCGUGAAGCAUGACUCGCGUUUCACCUGUAAAGUGAACCAGGGCUUCUCCAGCAUCUUCCAUUCCAAACCCUUUGACGUUUUUGCGGAGCCAUCAGUGGAGCUCUUUCUGGCCCCCAGAGAAGAAGGGUCAAAGCCUCAGAGACUCCUGUGCUCCGGAUGGGGCUUUAAUCCUCAGAUAAGAUGGUACACGGGGUCUCAACCAUUACCGCCAUCAACGACCGACAUCAGCAUGAGUGCGGAUGGGCGUGUGGCUGUGGCCAGUCGAGUAGACAUCGAGCAAGAAGAAUGGCAAACUGGCAAAGAAUUCACUUGUGAAGUGUUUGACAUAUGGCUGAAUAAAAAUGUCAGAAAAACCAUCAACGUCUGCGCUGUAAUCCCAUCAUCAGCUCAAAAAGUUGCAGUAUAUAUUCAAGGACCGCCGCUCACGGAGUCGCAGCAGAGGGAUCAAGUGACCGUCACUUGUCUUUUGGUCGGCGUGCAUCUGGAUGAUUUCGCCAUCUCCUGGAAAGUAGAUGGGAAGGAAUAUUUCCGCAAUUCCCAUCCGGAGAAGCCAACCAGUCACGCCAAUGGCACGCAAUCCCUUCGGAGCUUCCUCGAUGUGUUAGCGAGUGACUGGGAUGCACAUAAACAAGUGUCUUGUGAGGGAAAACACAAAUGUUCCAACCAGGGAUACGAGGCCCGUGUCAGCAAAAGCAAAGACUCGCAUCCGCCAACAGUGUGCAUCGUACCACCUACCAUCUCUGAGCUGUCAACCUCCAAUGACCUCACACUGACUUGCCUGGUUUCUGGGUUUUUCCCCGAUAACAAGAUAGCGUACUGGGAGAAAGAUGGCCAAAGACUGCCAACGAGUUCAUAUAUCAACAGCCCUUCAUGGAUCGACAGCAGCAAUAGCGGCACUUUUUCAAUGCUCAGCAGACUCAACGUAUCAAAAAGCGAGGAUCGGGGAGCCAGAUAUUCUUGUUCUGUCAAACAUGAGUCAUCGGAAACACCCGUUCGAAGCACAAUAGAGAAUGUGUUUGCCCCAGUCACUCCCAGCCGACCUUCAGCCGUUUUGCUGCGUGGUUCAGGCGAACUUGUGUGCCUGGUGUUCGGCUUCAGUCCCGCAUCCAUUAACAUCUCCUGGUAUCUUGAUGACGCCAAUGAGCUGUCUUACUUCAACACUAGUCAACCCAGCAGAGGUCCCGAUGGAAAGUUCAGCAUCCAGAGCCGCCUUCGCCUGUCCCAAAUCGACUUGUUACCCGGGGUGGUCCACACCUGUAGAGUAACACACACAACCCUCACGCUGACCUUGAAUGUAACAAAUCCAGUGAUCUUACCAGAUUGCAAUGUCUUGGAUGACAUUGCUGAUGCAGUUGUCAAUCAAGAUAUCAAUGUGGAAAGCUGGUAUAUGUCUGCCACAUUUCUUGUGCUAUUUCUCAUCUCCAUCGUGUACGGUGUCUUGGCCACCUUGGUAAAGACUAAAUAGCUGUGACAUCAGAACGUGUGCGACUGAAUUCUUCUAACAUGGAUCAUUUGCUGAUUGUCGAACAAUGUGUGAGGUGGCCACCAACGUUGUGGCUUGUCCGUAUAAAAUGAUAUUUUAUGCCAACGUAUACCAAAGCAAUCCAACAAAUAGGAUGACAUCAGAGCAAUGUAAUUGGACGUUAAGUAAAUGUCAUGGCAUAAAAAAUAAACUAAUAAGAUAUAUUGUUCUUUUGUUUGAUGGUUAGUUUUUCCAAUUGAAAAUACAGUAAUCAUAGAAUAGUGACCUAACGGAAACACAGCCGCAGUGAUUCAAACUCACCACUAGAGGGAGCCAAAGCUCGAACUUUAGCAUUUGCGGCUUGAAAGCUUCACGAUCACCUGAGACGCAAAACAGAAAAUAAUGUUCGGCCUUGACGGUCCUACUCCAGAGUAUAAAGAGAAACAUUCACUUGAAUCAAGAGAUGAGUUUUGUCUCUUUUUUUUCCAACGCCUGCAUAUUUAUACACAAGUAUGUGCACACUCCCACUAUGUAAACACUGUCUGUGUUUUGUGUAUAUGGUGGGUUUAUGGAAUUUCCAUCAGGGAGGGAUGGCACUCUGCACAUCCAGGAUCACUAUUGGCUAGCUCUGGAAUAAUUUGCUUCUGUCUGCGUAUGAUUGGCUGGGGACCUGAGGGAGCCUGCCCAAAUCGCUGACGCUGUUGCUGGGAUGCGGACACUGCACACUGAUGCCAACCGAAUUGCCAAGGGGCCGGCAAUCGGGAAGCAUGGCAUCAGGCCCAGCAGGCUGCCUGAGACUGGGUCACUUGUCUAUGGCCACUAGAGUGUCCCAUACUCAGAACAACCUGAACUUUGAUUGGCCAACUCAAUGCAUGCUAUAGAAUUCUUUUGCAGAUGUGGGGUCAUGAGUUCGAAAUGUCUUGCAUCAGGGUCAAAAAGUUGUAAACUAUCUUGUUGAUCAUCGAGCAGACUGCUUGGAAAAAUAAACUUUACAAUUGGUGGUAAUAAAAAAAGUUCAUUCUU